AUGCCAUCAGCAGAUAUUGAAAGUUCACGACAUCUGAUAAGUCAACCUUUAUGGAUAAAAGAUCCUAAUUAUUUUGAUUUACAAAGUUCAACUAGAUCUGAUUAUUUAUGGGAUCCAAGAACUUCACGUAAAACUGAACCUGAAGGAAUUCGUGCACGCAGUUUUAAGCCAAAAGUUUCAGCAUACAAAAGUACAAUUAAUUGGGAUUUAGGUGAGAAAUCAAAAUCUAUCUCGUGUGUACAUACACAAGUCAAUCCAAAUAAAUUUCAGAAUCAUAGUUAUUCGUUGACUAGUUUAUUAGAUCAGCAACCAAGAGAUUGGCUUAUUGAUGAUUAUGAUUCGAAACACAAAGGAUGGCGACGGACAGAUCAGAUAAUAAGAAAUAAAGAAUCCUUUACAAAAAAUUCAUUAUAUCGUGAACAGUUCCCGCCAAAGGAAGCUGUUCAUGUACAACCGGUAAAACCUGUUCAUAUACCAUUAAAAACUUCAGAGAAAUUUACUGAUAAAUCUGUUUAUACUGAUGAAUAUAUAUGGCGACCAAUAUUAAUAGAUUAUAAUCAAUUAAAGCACCAUAAACUUUGUCUUCCUAUUGAAAUGAUUCCUUCAAAGCCUAGAGAUGAAUCAAAUAUAAUAAAUGUUGGCGAAAAUGUCAUGUCAAUGCCUGGUACCAAUCCAAACUUAUUUAAAAGUACAACUUACAGAGAGGAUUUUCAAAGACAUGCAUUGACUAGCAAAGAACCAGUUAUGUGUAGGAAAAUUGCGCCUGUGAUCAAAUUAUCUAAAAUAUUAAAACCACCAUAUGAAAUUCAAGAAUCAUAUUCUACUAUAAAUUCAAGAUAUCAAUAUGAUUAUGGUAGUUCAAUAAAACAUCGUCAUUUAUCGAAUUAUUUACCUGCAGCUGGUAUGACAACUUUUAAUAAACCAAUUAAAAGUCAAAUACAAACUUAUUCAUUUAAUUUUGAUAAUGAUUCAUUAUUUAUGAAAGAACAAUUUAAUCAACAAAAGAAUUCCAUUCAAAACUUUCAUUCAAAUGUAAAUUUAUCACAACGACAAUAUUUACCAGAUAUUAUUGAACAAGUAGAAAAUAAAUGGCCAUAUUUAGAACAUAAAAAUGGAUGUUUCUAUACAACUAAACCAUUAGAAGGAAGUUUUUAA